UCUCAGAGUCCGACUUUCCUCAGUUCCAAAAGAAGUGAUUGCAAGAUUGUAGUGGAAAAAGGUGGAAACUUUCCAUUGAAACCUAGUUGGGUCGGGGGCCUCCUGCUACCUUUGCAACGGUUUCUUUCUCUGUCUCUCUUACCUUCAUCAUGGGUUUUUACUUCCGUGUAGAUAGAUGAGUGAGCUUAUCAUUUGGGGAGUUUCCAGAAGAACCGGAACCAGACAAGCCCCAUCUCAGGACUGAAAAUGACGAGAAGCAAUAGAAAAGAAGAGGAGCACAUGCUUAUGCUAUCCUCAUCUCUCUCUCUCUCUUCUGAAUCGGUUGCAGAUAUUAAUCCUUUCCCUUUUGUCCUCAUCCUGGAUGGCUCAUUACUUGGUCUCUCACUGUCUCUUAGUAGAUAGAUUGAUGGACUUCCCAGCUGGGCUACAGGUGGCGAUGAUUUUCGCACAGCUUGCGUGGCUGGUGAAAUAGCUCUGUGGUAAAAUUUGAACUUUUGCUGAGAUGGGAGAGACAACAGCUGCUUCAAAUGCUGCUCUUCAAGUGUCGGUUUCAUUUGGUAGGUUUGAGGGCGAUUCGCUCUCUUGGGAGAAAUGGUCGUCCUUUUCGCCUAAUAAAUACAUGGAAGAAGUAGAGAAGUGUGCGGCGCCCGGAUCAGUGGCCAUGAAAAGGGCUUACUUUGAAGCCCAUUACAAAAAGAUCGCUGCUCAAAAGGCUGAGUUACUGGAUGAGGAGAAGAGAAUGAUGGAUGAUUCAUUGCGAACAGGUGAAAACAAUGGAGAUCUGAAUAGGGAUGAUGAUGAGGCCACUUUUGAGAUCAAUGCACACGAGGAUCAAAGUCACUCUGGAGCAAUUAAGCAAGAGAUGAGCUUGUUAGCUGAGACAAAUGUUUUGUACAGUGAAGACCCGAACGAGGAUGACUUGAUUACUAUUGAAUGUCAAAGCUCGUUGGUUGUGGGAGUGCAAGUAGAACCGGAGAGAAAUCUUGAAAUCACCGGCUUGGGUAAACCAGAGGAAAUUAACUUGGUGAAGGAAGUGGUAGAAGUGCGCGACAACAUUGAGAGGCCAGAAGAAUACAAUUUAGUGAAGGAUGUGCAAGAAGUGGUGCCUCCUAUUGGAUCUCAAGAUGAUGUUAAGGAAGUUCAGCCACAUUGCGAAAUUGAGACAAAAGCCACUCCAAAAUAUGAAGUGAGGAGUGCAAAGUCGAACAAGCCAAAGCUCCCUCAAAAGAUUAGCGGCGCAAGUAAGGAGCAGAACGCUGCGGUACGUAAGAAGAAGCCACAGUCACCAAUGAUGAAAGCCCCAAAAGUGACCACACCUCGACAGUUGAGGCCAUCGGCUUCCACUACCCCAAUAGCAUCUUCAUUGAAAUCUUUGAGCAAGCCAGGAGUUAGUCCGUCUCCGGCCAAGGGCAAGAACCUUGCCAAGGGAGAGAAGAAAAAUGCAGUUCCUAAAGCCUUGCACAUGUCGAUUGCUUUGGGUUCCACAAAUUCUCAUCCAGCUUCUCCUGCCACAAGGAAAUCUUUCAUCAUGGAGAGGAUGGGGGAUAAGGACAUUGUCAAGCGAGCAUUCAAGAUGUUCCAGCACAAUUAUGUGGGCCUGAAAUUGUCUGGUGAAGAAUCAGAGCAGGUGCUAUCUGGGGAGGAAGAACCAAAGGCUUCCAUUCCCCUAAUUAAACAGAAGGAAAGCGGAGGGCCACUUAAAGCAGGGAGUGGGGCACGAAAAGCUUCUCAUCCUGCGUCUUCUUCUUAUGGUUCCAGAAGUGAUGAGAGGGCGGGAAAGGUUACAGAGGUUCCACUGUUUAUGAAGAAGCUGAAGGAAAGAUCCACAGCUGUAGAUAAAGGGAAGCCACAAUAUCCCACAAAGUUAAAGAUUGCUUUUUGUCAGGAAGAAAAGAAGGCAGGGCACAAAAACUCAAUACCUGGUCUCACCCGGGGAGGCACAUCCAUAUCAGGUCAGCCAAGGCAUAGUAAAUUGACAAACGGCCUGAAAAAGGUGGUUGACAAGGCUGAAGUUUGAUAUGAUUAUCUGAAAAGCAUGCUUGAGGAAGGGUGCCGAAGAGGUGGGUCUGGUUUGGAGUACUUCAGAGGCAUUCUGAGAGAAAUAUCCACAUACUCAAUGGUGUGUAAAGUCAGCGGAUCACCACCAGUCAUUUAGGAGACAGGAGGAGCUUUGAGAUGUAGGUCAGAUGUCUGGGUUAUGUUGUCGCAAAGAUAAAAGCAGUGUUGAGUUUAAGGUAAGGUAGGUCAGAUGUUUCCUGAGAUGUCGCAUUUUUUUCACUCUCUAUCAUUACACAUAUACGCAGUGAUUGUCUCAGAAACUUUGAUUUAUAGAAUCAUCUGAGAAUCUGCA